AUACAUAACAGUUCUUUUAAACAAGACUCCACUUUAUUAUAGGGAGCUUUGAAAAUUUUAAAAAAGAAUAAGCUUGUGUGCAUUAAAAAAAAAAGUUUACAUUUUUGUAACGAAUACCCUAGAAACGGUUUGAGAAUGGCCGUCGUCAAGUUCUACCCUUAAUUUACGAACCAUAGUGUCACCAAAGCAAAAGAGACAUAUUACGACGGUUUUCUAAACAUUGUAACUCAUUUCUAUUUCAAAAGGAAGAAAAAUCGUUCAACGUUCUUAAUUAUAUUCAUUUAUUAUCAGGAGAAUUCCACUGGGUAGUCUUUUUAAUAAUUCAUUUAACGUUUUAAGGUUUAAUUUAUUAAAUUGUCGUCUUUUUGUUUGUCUCAUUCACGUGUUGAGUGUGUUUUCCUUUCUAAAAAGUAAUUCCAUUAUGUUAACGCCAUUAUUGGACUGAAAGAACAUGACAAUGUACCCAUACACUCCUAGAGUAACAAAUCAAGUGUAUCCUCAACCAGUUCAACAGUCUGGAUAUUAUAUGAGAGGGCCCUCAACUCUUCUUACUCCAGGAACCAUUAAUGUGGCAGCAAAUCACACAGCCGCAGCGCAUACUUCUUUCCCUAACUCCCAUUUAUACACGUCUUUUCAAAAUGGUGCAGCUCCUAUGCUGGUUCCUGGACCAUCCCUUCAUCGAGGAGUUGCAAAUACAACAUCUUCGCAUCAAGUACCAUCAUCAUUUCUAACAGGGGGGAUGCCUUCUACAUAUAUUCCAUCCUCUUUACCAAUUUACAACUCUCCAUCUUCUUCCGUUUUAUUAUCUAACGGAAGAGGUGUGUUACCACAUUCUAAUACAUCUUACUGUCCCUCACAUUUUAAUUAUAUCAACUCAGCGACGCCUUGCCAUUCAGAAGAGGCAGUGCAUUCAACACAUCCAUCUACUAUACACAAUCAUUCUGUUACAGAGAGUCUUGCAGAGACAUUAAAAAAAAAAGAUUUAUCGCGUUCAUCAUCUUUUUCAGAUAGUAAUGAAGAAACAAUUCAUUCCAAAUUACGCACAGAAAGAAAACAGACAAAGGAACGAUUGCGCAAUUCAGGUGAAACGUACGACUCUUUUUCCCCACGUCCAAAGGAGGAAUCGAAUAAGUCUAUACCUCAGGUUUCAAGCAUUUCUUCAAAUGUGAUGGGUUCAAAAACACUGAGUCGAAACGCAGUGACCGAAGUAAUGAAACCAUUACUUGUCAAAACAAACGAAGUGAACUUGAAGGAUACACCGUAUCCAAUACCUUCUACUGGGUUAUCGUCCACUCACUCGCCAGAAAAAGAAGACAUUUCUUUAUACAAAUCCAAUGAGUCUCUAACGUUUUCACCAAAAACUCAACUUGUUAAACAAACAGCUCCAAGCCAAAGAGAUACAAAAGAUAUUACUUUAGCAACUUUUCGAAAAGAUGAUCAGGACUAUCGUAAAUGCACGAAUAAAGUAUCAAAAAAUCAAUCAACCGUUUCAAUUACGACAACUGAAACCGAAAGUGAUGAAACACACAAACUGUCUCAACAAAAUAAAUUUUUUCAAGAACAAGCAACUCCUUUAGAAUUAACCUCAUCCCAAUGCUUGUAUUCAUCUGGGCUUGAAACGCAUGAGUCGCCAGUAAAUUUUUUGGAUCCGCCCCCUGUACAAUCAUCUACUAUGUUAAGAGUCAAAAUAUCACCUUUAGAAAGUGGCGUGACAAAUUUGUCACCUCAAUCUCCAUAUUUUGUAGCAUUAGCAGAUUGUGACAAAAAUUUAACAGAAACCAACACUGGGACACCAACGUCUUGUACAAAACAAGCGUCGAAUUUCAGCACCGUGGAAGUGGAGGGGACCAGUUCAGCAAAUGAUUUUCUUAAUGCAAAUCAUCCCGCAACUCGAACUUCACAAAACGGGGGUAAAAAAUCAGUGAAAAAACGUCGUAUAGAGAGUAAUUCGUGUGAUUCACCAACAAAAGGAUCUCGACGAAUCAAUAGUCCUUUGAAAAAACGAUUUAUGGCCACACCAACAUCAGAUGUUGAAAAAUCCUUGCCUUCUGUUAAUUUCAACGCAACAUUCACCAAAGAAACGUAUUUAGAUACAUCAAGUAUUUCAAAUUUAUCUUUCCUAUCUAACUGUGUGAAUGAUUUCGUAACCAAUGGAGAAAUAUGCGAUCCCUUGGGCUUUGAGAAGACUGGUACAAAAAGUGAAACGACUUUACCGUCUCCUUUGUAUAAUUUAUCUUCACUUGUUAAAAAAAUUUGUUGCCGACACGAAGAAAGAAAACAGGAUCUUAACGAUCUCCAUAAUUUUUUACAAAUGGAAAACGACAAGUCAUACCAAACCGUUUCAGAAGAAUCAGACCAACCACCGCCUGAAUCUAUGGUUCAUAGUGAUUAUCAACUUGCGUGUUUAGUUGAACUUUCUGAAAGAGAAAUGCGAUUGUUAACUGUACAACAAGAGUGCUUUCGAAUUUUGAAAAAUAUUUCCUUGUGCUGUCAAUCUUGGGCCAAUCAUGAAGGUUCUUACCUAUGGCACGUUAGUUUUCUUCUUGGUGCCACAUGUAUUGGAGACAUCGCAAGUUAUAGUAUGAUUUUUGAAGAUAUUAUUCAUGAUAUUAUUCUUCGCCUACGUGAAGCAGAAGAUAAAAGCUUUUUACAAAAUUCAUCAGAUACACUACCUUCGACCAAUGAAAACAAUCUAGAAGCCACUUCUACAUCGCACGACUCAAAGGUCAUACCAGUUUCAAAUUCCAUGCCUUCAUCUCCUCUUGAACAAAUCAGUACCUGUUCUAAAAGACCCAUUUCACAAGAACUCCCUGAUUUAUGUGGUCCUUUGUUAACAUCACUUGUUCAUCAAGUCGACUCCACAACAAUGCUACAAUGUCUGGUCUUGUUAGAUAGUUUAAGACAACACAACGAUCAAAAUUUCACACCCUUGCAAUCUCUGCAGGAAACGUUAUCCUCUUUUGUUGCAUUACAAGCUUUAAAUGCUGUUCAUCAGUCGCCUUUGAGUUUUUUAACGGGUAUAUGCAAAAGAUUUCGUAGUGCCGCGGAACUUGGAGGAACACGGAGUGGCAAAAAACGUACUAAUGCAGUAACUGGAAAUGUUUCUGCUUCCACUUCCAUAUCAAUGAUGUCUUUGGCCCAAAAAAUUAAAGGAAAUGCUCGACCCAAGAAACAACUCACAUGUAACUCUGUCGGAGCGAUUCAUUUAACAGCCACAAAACCUACACCCGUUUGUAAUUCUACAAAUUAUCUUAAUUAUUCAAGGCCUUCUGAUGCGGACGCUUGUCCCAAGGGAGCUGGUCCGAUUGUAACAUCACCAGAGAGAGCCUCGAACAGUCACCAUGUUGAUAUGUUACCUUCUUCACACACAGAUUCUCGUGAACAACCUUCGGUACAAAUGGCUUCGCCGACGACAGACCGUGUUUGGACAAGUCAUACAAUAAUUUCAAAAAACAGUGAUGAAGAACCACGGAGUGCACCGAAUGGUUAUGCCCCUUUACAUGAAGAAAAUAAUAAUGAAAAUGAAUGGGAGGACAGUGAUGAAAAAAGUAAUUUUCAGAAUGAUCCAAACACAUCGAAACAUUCCAAUACAGCCCGUGUGUAUUCUGAAAAUAACGUUUCAACGAAUGCUAACACGGAGGAAAAAAAUUUAACGGCUACAUCAGUAUCUCAAAAUGACGUUAAGGGGAAAUCGCUUGAUUUAAAACAACCUUCAUCAGACACCGUGGCACCUAUGAGUUCAAACAACAACAGUAAUGGAAAGACAUCCACCCCUGUUUCUUGCCCUACAAAUCAGACUUUCACUGCGGCUCAACAAGUUUGCACAGAUACAUUCGAACUACCACGCGACCCAGAAGCAUUCCGAUCGCAAGUUAAAGGCGUUUAUUAUGAUGACACUUCGAAUCGAUGGUGUGCUUCUUGGCAUGAAAGAAAAACUGGAAAGAAAAAAUCACGGUAUUUUGCAGUUAAAAAAUUCGGUUUCAGUACUGCAAAAACUCACGCAAUGGAUGCUCGACUAGAAGCCGAAGAAAGUGGAGAGUGUGCUCCCACUAAUAUAAUAUAACAUUUGUACAUUAAAAUUGUUAACAUUUUUUGAAGUGCUUCUGUCACAAUCAUCCUAUAACGACAACGAAUAAAAGAAAAAAUGUACUAACUGUUAAA